AUGGGAGGUGGAUUCUUCUUGGGAAAACUAUUGGCUCGUCUUGUGCACGGCAAACAACACGACGCUGGAGGAGUCGGGCGUGAUGUGGCGGUGUUUGACGCGGCGUUAACACAUACUGUGCGGUGGUAUGUUGUUAUUGGCUCCGUUGCUGUUGCCAUAACGCCUUUAUUAUACUCCACAGGACGUUUGCUGGCGACGAAGCGGAAAGCAGAAAUUGUGCAUAUAGCUUCUGCCAUUUCACACUCUGUAGGUGAUAUGAAUACUAGUGUAGCUAAGUCGUCAUCAUCAUCAUCAUCAUCAUCAUCAUCAUCAUCAUCGUUACUAUCGCUUCGUUCAUUGUUUAUCUCAACUGCUAGGGUUACGCUUAGGGCACGACGGAUUCUUAGUGCACAACAUGCCACAGAUGCCGAGUUUGCUGAUGUGUUUACUAGUGAAAUUAUAGGAUUAUACUCGGAUGUGGUGCUCCAGAGUCUAUUGCGUUGUUUUUUCUGUGAUUGUAUCAGCCAUGUUAGUAUUUUCACACUAUGUGCUGCGCUAAAUCGCUUCGAUGGUUUCAUGGUUGGUCGUAAUGCAUACCAUGCUGAUGUUGUCCAUUCUGCUGGAGUGUACCAACGAUUUUUGUCACUCCUGCGGCGGAUGUGGUUUCAGCUGCGACACGAUGGACUGAUGAGCCAUACUAUGGAGGACGUGUCAACACCUUACACAUUCUUUAUAUUCAGUCAAUCCAGUUGUCGUAUGAUUGAACGUUGGUUCCCGUGGCUUGGUACCAUCCACUUUACGGCUCUUAGCUGUAUGGACCCGUGUACGUACAUAGAUCCUCACUGGCGCAAUGCAAACAAGGCAGAUAGCGUCUGGCGUGUUAUGACACCAAAAGGAUUUGCCGUGAUGUGGUGCUGUCGUACACUUCCGCGUCUGCGACUACAGACACUUUACUCUGCUGCUGUACAUAACGACACAGUCGUUUACACCGCCCCCGCAGGAGGACGCACAACACAUGUGGAGAAGCCAAACGGGGAUAUGGGAGUAGUGUCUAGUAGUAAUGAGGUAGUUAAGGGUGAUGGUGGUUGGCUUCAUGUAGGGGUGAUGCUUGGUAUUGUGCGAGACUUUGUUAUCCGCACAAGCAAAACAUCUGUUAUAGUGUUUAUUGUCACCUCACUCGCCACAAAAUCGAAUUUCUCCUGGCUGCCUUUUGAGUGCAAUGGAGGUCCACAGUACGUGGCGCUUUGUUACGCAGAGAUCGUCUCGGUACUUUGGAGCACAUCACUUUUUGUGUUGCCUCAUGCGGUGGAACACUCUGUACAUCGUGAUCGCACCCGUCAUAUGUCGCACUCUACAUAA